GCCACUUCUGUUUGACACCUUCACAGCUACAGAGGCCAGAGGUCCUGCAGACACCAGCUUUAUUGCAGGUAUUAGCAUGUGAGCUAUUUGCCCAGCGGUGAAUGAACCAUGGAGGGAUCCAGCGUCACCGUCUUCGUCACUGUUCAGAAGAUUUACUACCCGCUCCUUUGCAUCAUGGGUAUUCCAGCCAACCUCUUCACAUUCUACAUGAUCUGCUUCCGUAAAUGCGGAAUGUCUGAUACGGCCAUCAUUUACCUGAGCUGUCUGGCCAUCAUGGACACCUGCUACCUGGUGUGGGUGAUACUCAUUGAUCUGACCCUCACCUUCUGGCUGCUGCAGCCCUUCUGGCACUCCCACCCCUGGUGUGGCAUCUUGGGAUUCCUGCAGUACGGAUCCCUCUACAGCUCCUCCUGGAUCGUGGUGGUCUUCACCAUAGAGCGUUACCUCGUCCUCCGCAACACCGUGGCUAAGCAGCACUUCUCCCAGGCCUGGGUCACUAAAGUGACCUGCGUGGCUAUCGUCCUGGUGUCACAUCUGGCCUCUGUGCCGCUGGGCUGGAUCAACGUCGUCACACCUGUCAACUUCACUGUGGUCGGAGAGAAUGUGACGCUGCCCAGGUGUCAUUACCGCGAUGAGGCUUACUCUACCGUUAUAGUGUGGAUAACCACCUUCCUCUCAGGGGGAAUGCCCAUUGUGUUGGUCAUCAUCUUCAACUACCUCAUCGGGUACCAUCUGUGCCAUGCCAGGAACCUCUUCACCAAGGAGGAGCGCCGCAUCAUGCAUGGGAGGAGCACCAGGGGCAUGUUGAGGAGGACCAUCCUGCUGCUGGGCACCGUCUCCGUGGCCUUCGUCGUGCUCAGCCUGCCCCGCUUUGUCACAUACUGCAUCCUGAGGACCAAGUACAACAGCGAGAACUUCAACAGGAACGACUACAGCAUCCCCAUCAACGUGGCGGGGGACCUGGCCAACAUGCUGCAGAACCUCAACUCCACCACCAACUUCCUGCUCUACUGCAUGGUCAGCCGACGCUUUCGGCGGGAGCUGGUCCGCGCGGUGACUUGCAGGGAGUUGGCACGUGAGCUGGGCUCUGUCCUCACCCACACCACCAUGAAAGUUUUUUCAGUUGUAGAUCAUAAGGCCUCGCCACCCAGCGACCACGUGACUGUGGUGUUGACCAAUCUCAAACACAAAAACACCAAGAUCAGACUUUCAAGCAUUCGCUCUUGA